AUGGUGGCAGCUACACUCUCGUCGGUCGAGGUUCACGCGCGAGAGACUGUCCCAGUCCUGUUCGACUUUAUCACCAAGCAGCGCAAUGGUGACUACCUGGGCGAAGCAGUCUCGCAACUCCAGCACUUUUUGCAAGCAGCCACAUUGGCACAGAAAGCCGAUGCAGAUAAUGAGACAGUUGAGGGCACCUUGCUCCACGAUGUCGGUCGCUUUAUUCCGGACGCAGAUGAGAUGCCACCAAUGAUCGCACACGACGGAACUCUUGUCGCGAAAGCGAGCCACAAGGUCCUGGGUGAAAUAUCUCUUCGUCAGUCGGGCGUUAACGAGCAUAUCUGCCAGCUUGUGGGAAGCCGUGUCACCGCAAAGCGAUACUUGACCGCAGUCGAUAACUCCUACCUACUAUGA